AUGUGGAUCCAGGUUCGUACGAUAGACGGGAAGGAGACGCGAUCCGUGGAGGAUCUUUCUAGACUGACCAAAAUUGAGUCUUUACGCUUGAAAAUACAGGAUAUCUUCAAUGUAAGCCCACAGCAACAACGGCUGUUCUACCGAGGGAAGCAGAUGGAAGAUGGCCAGACACUGUUUGACUACAACGUGGGCCUAAAUGACAUUGUCCAGCUGCUGAUUCGUUCUCAGACUGACGCUCCUGACAGCCCCGCCAACAAGAACUCUUCAGGAGUUGGCUGUAGUUCAGCUCCUCCCUCUGACUCCAGGACUGAAAAUCAGAGGACCACAGAUUCUGUUGCCCCUCCUGCAACAGAAAGCCCAACCAACAGAGACAAUGACAUCAACAUCACUACCAGCACUAUUAAAGAAUCCAAGCCAGACACCAGCACUUCCAGUAACUCCACCAGUACCAAAAAUGGGUUUAAGCCACCCAGUCCAGCACAGGACUUCCAGCCGUCCACAUCCAGCCGGAAUGCACUAGUCGACCCUGGAAUUGGCGUGUACAAGAUUAAUGAGCUGGUGGACUGCAGAGAUGUGAGCAUCGGUGCUUGGUUUGAGGCCUGUAUCGAAAAAGUGACACGCGCUCCCAAGGGACAGAUAACCCCCACCAAGGGCAAGGUGGGCCGGCCCCCGAAAAGGACUAAUGGAAAACUGGAGGCUGAGCAGGGACAGACCACAGACAGUAACAGGAUUAAUUUUGUGUUAAACUCUGAGAGUAAUGGCGCCUCCACCUCUCAAACAGACUCUGCAACAGCUAUGGGAGAGACCAAGGAGAGAGAAGAGGAUGUAAUUUAUCAUAUUAAAUAUGAAGACUACCCAGAGAACGGCGUGGUGGAGAUCCGACCAGUGGACGUGCGGCCGCGUGCCAGGACCCUGCUGCGGUGGGACCAGCUGCAGGUUGGCAUGCUAGUGAUGGUCAACUACAACCUGGAGAUACCAGAAGAAAGGGGCUUCUGGUUCGAUGCAGAGAUUCAGUCCCUCAACCAAGCCUCCCGGACCAACAAGGAGCUGCGAGUCAAGAUUCUCUUGGGGGGUCCUGGAGACGUGUUUGGUGAUUGUAAGGUUCAGUUCCUGGAUGAAAUCUAUCAGGUGGAGAAACCAGGAGCCCGUGCGCUCUCAGCUGCCGAUGGACAGUUUAAACGGAAGAGCGGACCAGAGUGUAAGCACUGCAAGGCUGAUCCAGACUCAGAAUGUCGCUUCUGCUCAUGCUGUGUAUGUGGCGGGAAGCAGGACGCUCACAUGCAGCUGCUGUGUGACGAGUGUAAUAUGGCGUUCCACAUCUACUGCCUCAACCCGCCACUGGGCACAAUCCCGGAUGACGAGGACUGGUAUUGUCCAACCUGUAAGAAUGACACCAGCGAGGUGGUUAAGGCCGGAGAGAAGCUCAAGGCCAGCAAGAAGAAAGCCAAGAUGCCUUCAGCAACAACUGAGAGUCAAAGGGACUGGGGAAAGGGUAUGGCCUGUGUGGGGCGCACUAAGGAGUGCACGAUUGUUCCUUCAAACCACUAUGGGCCAAUACCUGGUGUUCCUGUGGGAGCCACGUGGAAAUUCAGAGUGCAGGUGAGCGAGGCAGGUGUUCAUCGGCCGCAUGUCGGCGGUAUCCACGGGCGCAGUAACGAUGGCGCUUACUCGCUCGUUCUGGCAGGGGGCUUUGAGGAUGAAGUGGACCGGGGAGAUGAGUUCACCUACACGGGCAGCGGGGGUCGUGACCUCUCGGGAAACAAGCGGAUUGGAGAGCAUUCUUUUGACCAGACCCUGACACACAUGAACAGGGCUUUGGCGUCAAACUGUGACGCGCCACUGAAUGACAAGGAUGGAGCAGAGUCCAGGAACUGGCGGGCUGGGAAGCCAGUGAGAGUGGUGCGCAGUUCCAAAGGACGCCGAAUCAGCAAAUAUGCUCCAGAGGAGGGCAACCGUUAUGACGGUAUAUAUAAGGUGGUGAAGUACUGGCCAGAGAUUGGAAAGUGUGGCUACCUGGUGUGGCGGUACCUGCUAAGACGGGAUGAUCAGGAACCAGCACCGUGGACCCCAGAAGGCCAGGAGAGGAUCCAGAAACUGGGCCUUGUUGUUCAGUACCCACCAGGCUACUUGUCAGCUAUGGCUAACAAAACGAAGAAGGAGGCCAGCGCCAGGACCGGUCGCUCCGGCCGAGGUAGGCGUCACUCUGGGAGAGGCAGACCGCGAAAACACCGCCCAGUGAAGGAGAAAGAGGAGAAUGAAAAUGAUGUCGAGGAGGAGGAGGAAGAGGAGGAGGAGGAGAACGACUGGCCGAUGAGCAAUGUGGAUGUAGAGGAGCCACAAAGUAACGGAGAGCAGAAGACAAACAGGGAUAGUGAACUGGCCCCAAUAGAAGAGCCGCCCCCUAAACGAGUGAAGAUCGAGGAGACCUUCCAGUUAUCAGAACAGCAGCAGCAGUUGAUUCAAGAGGACACAGCUAACAAGAAACUAUGGGAUGAAGCCAUGGAACACCUUAAAGAGGGCCCGAAUUUCCUACGUAAGAUGGAGCAGAUCUUCAUGUGCGUGUGCUGCCAGGAGUUGGCCUUCCAGCCCAUCACCACCGUCUGCUCACAUAACGUUUGUAAGACCUGUCUCCAGCGGUCGUUCCGAGCAAAAGUGUACACCUGCCCCGCCUGCCGUCACGACCUUGGCAAGGACUACAUCAUGACCCAAAACAAGACGCUUCAGCUGCUGCUUGACCAGUUCUUUCCCGGCUACAGCAAAGGCCGAUGAGGUCCCAAAAAACAAACAAACAAAAAACCCCAACAAAAACAAAAUGUUCGUUAUUAGAAUGCCUAAACGCACACGUACGCAUCCAUUUUGUGCACCUACAUUUACUGUUGAGUACUUAAAAGCUCCACUUUAAAACGGCAUUGCACACAUUGCUGUACUUACCCACAGGAAAAUGCGCACUGCAUAAACAGCCAUUAAUGUGUACAAUCAUUCAUACACAAACCGACCUCAGCUUUUUGAACUUGGACCGUCUCCAUUAACAUCACCAGCCUGACUUUCAACAAAGAACUUUUAAAGCGCCCCACCUUCUCCGCUUGCAUCACCACACACAAAGUGAGCCCUAGCUGUCCUAGCCCUAGCUGAGCACUAGCUGUCUCUAGAUAUGCUGGUUUUUUGGGGUUUUUUUUUUCCUCCCCACGCUCACUGUGUUGCCUGCUGGUCCCAUAAACUAAAUCCAACUUCCGACUCCACCUGACGAUGUCGUAAAGUCAACCAUGCAACUAUUAGGUACCUGCCAACCUGUAUACAUUUUUGUGUACUAUCUACACAGUUUUACACCAAAAUCCUCGACUUAGUACUUUGUACGUGUACAUCUAUCUAUUCUGCUGAUACAAAAGGUGCUAGGCUAAUCCGUUGACACUAGCUAGUCUAGUGUAAAAGACGCACAACAUUCAGUUUGAUUUGGCUAAUUUUAUGUAAAAUUAACCUACAGAAAAUUGAAGCACAC